AUGUCUGUUUCUUGUCUGAUCAGAGCAUGGCGUGUGAUCAGGGCUGGGGAUCAGUAUUAUAGGGAUGGGUGUUGGGGCAGAUCAGGGUCUGGAGAAACUGGGCAUCUUCGUCAAGACCAUCACACAGGAUGGAGCUGCAGAGAGAGAUGGCAGGAUCCAGGUGAACGAUCAGAUCGUGGAGGUGGACGGCAUCAGUCUGGUUGGUGUGACACAACUCUUCGCUGCGACCGUCCUGAAGAACACAAAGGGAACUGUAAGGUUUCUGAUUGGCCGAGAGAGCCAGGUACUCAGAGCGAGGUGGCACGUCUGAUCAGUGAAACCCUGGAGCAGGAGCGGCAGCAGCAGGUGGACGACGCGUACGAGCAGUCCACUGAAGAGGACGAGCACUACGACGAUGAGGAGGAAGGCGGCCAGGAUGGCAUCCUUGGUUCGAGCUUCAGCAGGAGGAAUGUGGAAGUGUACGAUCUCCCAGAGAGCGAGGAAAUGUUCCUGCCGUCCAACAUGGACGCCGCUCAACUGACGUUCAGGUUUAAAGAGCUCCAGAUAAAACACACCAUUGCGGAAGCUGAAGUAGAUGAACUGAAAGAGAGACUGAGAGAGUCGUCAGAGGAACGCGUGGCGUGGGAGGCCAGGGAAGCUCAGUUAGAGAAGAGCGUUCAGGAGAACUCGGAGAGAAUCGCUCAGAUGGAGAAGAACUGGCUGGAGGCUCAGGCCCUCUGUAAAAGCAUCAACGAGCAGCUCAAUGACACGCAGAGCCAGUAUGAAGCUCUGGAUAAAAAAUACAGCAAAGCCAAGAAACUGCUCAAGGACUAUCAGCUGAAAGAGGUGGAGUACGAGCAGAGGGAGGUGGACUUACGGAAAACUCUGGAGGAGAGAGAGACCGAGUAUAAAACUCAGAUAGAGGAUCUGCAGCGCAGGCUGGCAAAGCUUGAAUCUGGCGGCGGUCAUCAUGAGUCUCCGCUGUCGGGCAGCAAGUCUGCAGAUUCAGUUCUGCUGGGAGACUGGAGCGAGGUGGUUCCUGAAACAGAGCGUCUGGACACCAGCGCCCAUCGCGCGAGGGCCCAGCUGGCCCAGAGAUCCAAGCGGCAGCCGCCGUCCCGCAGCAAACUCAAAGAGACGCUCAGCUCACCAGCGAGAAGCGCACAGGGUGAUGACGAGAGUCAGCCGGCGAGUCCCGAGUCUCCACCUCCUCGAAGGAGAUCAAUCCAGGAGAGUCUGUCCCUGCCGGUCGUCAUAUCUUCCCUUGCUAACCAGCAGAAGGAAGAGGGAUCUGUUACGAGCAGCAGCCAAUCGGUGCAGAAGGAUCCUCAAGGCCCCGCCCUCUCCUCGCCUAAAGACUCCUCCCCCUCCAGCUUCCUGCGAAACGUCAAGAAGAGAGAGUCCAAAGGCAAGGGCAAAGAGGUCAAAGAUGAGUCUAACGAUGCAGCUGGAAAAACUAAAAGAAGAUUCCCAGACUUUGGUGGCUUAAGGAAAUCAGGAGGAAAGGGGAAAAAGCUAAGCAAAGAAGCUACAAGGGCGUCACUGGACAGCAGGGGUUCAGCGGAGUUACUGGAGGAGUCGGGGGUCCGAAUCUCCCCUUCAGAGUCCGUGACUUCCAUCCCCACCUGCAUGCCCUUCUCCUGGUUUGGAGACAAAGACAAAGAGCGAGACAGAGAGCCGUCGUCCUCGUCCAGCAGUCUCCCGCACGCCACUGCAGACGCCAGCGAACACAACUCCAAAAACAAGACAAACCUCUCCUGGUCGUCUCUGUUCAGUCGCUCCUUAGAUUUGAGUUUGUCAGUGCUAGAUGAUUCGAACCCCAGCAGUCCGUCGUCUGAUUUUUCUGGGCUGGUGGUGGAGCCCAACCUGUCAGGCCGCUCUCAUACGUUAACCUUCUCCUCCAGCGAGAUGCUGGAUGAGGAGCCUUGUCCUGGAGGGAAGGAGUAUCACUGGCAGAACCGUCCCGUCUCUGAUUGGACGUCCCAGCAGGUGUGUCAUUGGCUGAUGGGUAUGAACAUGGAUCAGUACACACCUGAGUUCAGCACACAGGCCAUCGAUGGACAGCAGCUCCUCGGCCUGGACAGCGACAGGCUGAAGGCUCUGGGCGUUUCCAGUCAGAAUGACCGAGCCGUCAUCAAGAAGAAACUGAAGGAGAUGAAAAAGCACAAGAGAAGAUGGAGAAACAGCGGGAAAAGCGCGAGAAAGAGGCCAGACGCAGCGGACGGCUGCCUGCCAGCACCGACUCUGUGUGCUGAUAACCGUCUUCGGCUUUUAUUCCUCUUAAUUCUCGACGCACUCCAUUGGCAGACUGUUACAAGCCUUUCUAGAGGAGUUACGGUCAGUAACACUGAUGAAGCGGGAAUACGCUGUUCACCUGCAGGUAGUGAAUUUAGAAAAGUGUUUACAGAUUGUACUCGACCUUCACUGUAAAAAGAGAAAGAUAUAUUUUGUAUCAGUAUUUUGUGUCUUUUUUUUUUUUUUUAAUACUGUAAAAUAUCUCAACAUCCUUAAAAGGUAAAUGCAUUUGCAUAAGAAAAGAGAAAAGUUACAUAUUCAGAUAGAUUUUUAGAGAAUUUCUGUCAUUUUUGUAAUUUUCAGAAUUACUGCAUUUAAUUUAAAUUUUAUUUACAUCAUUUGUAAGCAAAUACAUAUUGAUGUGGAUCAUAUUACUGGAAAACAAGACAAAAUACUGAUUAAGAAAAUAAUUUUUUUUCAGUAUUCUGAUUGAGAUAUUAGACUAGCUUGUAAGAAAAUGAAUAUGGCUAUCCGAUUCAUAGCAGACCAAAACUUUUAUUAGUUUUAUUUGUAUUUUAUGAUACCACUGUAGGAGCUAUAAAAAAAAAAAAAAACUCGCUAAGGGAUAUAUAAAUAUUUAGAUGCCUAUUUUCACAACUUUGCCACUAAUAUUGUGGCACGAAUAGUGCUUUCAAAAAGAUUUAUUGUAUUUUAGGAGUACUUCUGGCCUGCGGUGCUAAACGGGUCGUGUUGCUGGAUCCUUGUACAGUCGAGUAAUAAUGAGCACUAUAUUUUUACUGAAACAAAAGGGGAACGCGGUUUAUAAAUGUACAAAUGAAAUAUUUUAUACACAACUAUUAGCAUAGCUUUAAGGAAGAGACAUUAACUUUUGUACACAUUUUCUACUAAGUAGAAUAGCUUGUUGGUUAAAACCAGAGAGAGAAAAAAGAAGAAGCAGAGAGUGAAACUCAAAGUGAAAGGUGUUUGUGCAUCUCAUCUCGUUUGUUGUUUUUAUUUGGAAGGGUUACUGCUUUUAUGUUAUGGAUGCGAGUCAACAAAUACAUAAUUGUUACACAAUGUAGCAUAGUUUUAGUAGUGGCCACGGCCCAAAUCGUGAUUGACUAACAGAGACUGUAAUGAACUGAAUACUGGAUAAUCAUCUGAGUGUAAGGAGAGCGCUCAUGUCAUUGUGAUUCUGUGGUUAUAUUUUUCUACCGCGUAAAAUAGAUGAUUUAGAACAGACAAAAAAAAUUCAAGCUUUCUAUCUGGUACAAAGUGCAUAAGCUGCAAAAUAAAUGCUUUCACCUCUUGUAAAA